AUGGGGACACGUCCCCUCAGCGUGGUGGGGACCAUCACGGGGGACGGGAGGAUUGUGCUGGUGGACGACUUGGAGAAGCCGGUGCCCGAGGGGGGGUCCCACGAGGGGCUCCCCACCCCCGUCAACCUGGAGCUGGAGUGGGUGCUGGGCAAGAUGCCCCGCAAGGAGUUCGUGCUGCAGCGGGUGGCCCCCACCCUGCGUCCUCUGGCCCUGCCCCCGGGGCUCACGGUGCGACAGGCGCUGGAGCGGGUCCUGCGGCUACCGGCGGUGGCCAGUAAGCGCUACCUCACCAACAAGGUGGACCGCUCGGUGACGGGGCUGGUGGCCCAGCAGCAGUGCGUGGGGCCCCUGCACACACCGCUCGCCGACGUGGCCGUGGUGGCCCUGUCCCACUUCGACACGGUGGGGGCGGCCACCGCCCUGGGCGAGCAGCCCAUCAAGGGCCUCUUGGACCCGGCCGCCGGCGCCCGAUUGGCCCUCACCGAGGCCCUCACCAACCUGGUCUUCGCCCGCAUCACCGACCUCCGGGACGUGAAGUGCUCGGGGAACUGGAUGUGGGGCGGCAAGACGGGGGCGGAGGGGGGCGCUCUGGUGACGGCCUGCGAGGGGCUGGUGGGGCUCCUGCACCGCCUGGGGGUGGCCAUCGACGGCGGCAAGGACUCGCUCAGCAUGGCGGCCCGCGUGGGCACCCAAACCGUCAUGGCGCCCGGCACCGUGGUGGUCUCGGCCUACGCCGUGUGCCCCGACAUCACGGCCACCGUCACCCCCGACCUCAAGUGUCCCGACGGCAAAGGAGCCCUGCUGUGGGUGCAGCUGAGCCCCGGGAAGCACCGUUUGGGGGGCAGCGCCUUGGCCCAGGUCUUCUCCCAGUUGGGGGACCAGUGCCCCGACCUGGAGCACCCCGAAAUCUUGGCCAGCGCCUUCCGCGUCACCCAGAGCCUCAUCCAAGAGGGGGCGCUGAGCGCGGGCCACGACGUGAGCGACGGGGGGCUCCUGGGCUGCGUCCUGGAGAUGGCCUUCGCCGGCAACUGUGGCCUCCACAUGGACGUGGCCACCGUUCCCCCCGGCACCUCCACGCUGGCCGUGUUGUUCGCGGAGGAGCCGGGGUUGGUGCUGGAGGUGCCGGUGGCCACCAGCGUGGCCGUCUGUCGCCGCUACCAGGAGGCCGGCGUGUCCUGUGUCCCCAUCGGCCACAGCGGCCCCUACGGGCCCGAGGCCACGGUUGAGGUGGUGGUGGCAGGGACAUCCCUGUUCUCAGAGCCCGUGGGGGACCUUCGGGCGGUCUGGGAGGAGACCAGUUUCCAACUGGAGCGGCAACAGGCGGCCCCGGAGUGUGUGGCCCAGGAGGAGGCUGAUCUGCGUCGGCGCCAAGGACCUUCCUUCACCCUCACCUUCGACCCCUACGAGGAGCCCCCCCUGCUCCGGCAAAUGGAGUCCCCGGGGCCAUGGGUGGCCACUGGGGGUCUGUAG